AUGACAUUCAUUCAGAUUAGAUUCACUUCAUUCAUCUCCAUCUCCGUGUGUUUAGCUCAUAUACAGUCUUCUUUAGCGUACGCUUCUUUCUUUCCAUUUUUCAACGCUAAAUCUUCGUUUCUUUCCAUUUUCUUUCUUUUUCACUCUUCUUAGCUGUUUCUGUCUCAUCAAAUUCAAAUCACACCCCCAUUUUUAUCUUCACACCCCACAAUCUUUUCUUCCAUUUUCUUCAUUCCACACAUCAAAGUUUCAAUCUUUUUCAUCUUCUUUCACUUCCACUUGCUUUGUUUUCAAACCCCAUUAAAGUUUUUUCAUCUGGGUACCCUUUAUUUGCAUGUGAUUUUUUCAUUUUUUUUGGUAAAGUUUGAACUUUUUUUUGUUUUUUUUGUUUUUGAAGUUCAUGGUUUAAAUUUGAUGGGACUGUAAAUGGGUUCAUUAGAAUCAACGAUCCCAUUGAAAAAAGGGAGUUUAUUUGGUAAAAAAGAGAAGCACCCAUUUUCACAGAGGUUUAGAUCAAGCUUCUCACGUUUGUUAUUCAACAAGAAACUAGAUUACAUUCAAUGGAUUUGUGCUGUUGUAGUGUUUCUUUGUCUUGUUGUUGUGUUUCAAAUGUUUCUUCCUGUUUCGGUUGUCGAAGAUUCGGAAGAGUCUUUGAGAGCUGUGAAGAUGCGUUCUUGGAACACUUUGCAUCUUCAUGACGAGGAGUAUGUGUUGGACAUUGGUGAGGAUGUAGCUGUUUUUUUGCCGAGGAUUUCGGAGAAGUUUACGGAUUUCAAUUUGUUGAACCGAACCGGGAAGCGAUUUGGUUAUAGAAAACCUCAGUUGGCAUUGGUAUUUGGAGAACUAUCAGUUGAUUCACAACAAUUGCUAAUGGUAACAAUUGCCACAUCUUUGUUAGAGAUUGGCUACGAUAUUCAGGUCUUUUCACCUGAAGAUGGACCGGGGCGUAAUAUGUGGAGAAACUUAAGAGUUCCCAUCACUAUUAUUAAAACUCGUGACAAGACAGACUACACUGUAGACUGGCUAAACUACGAUGGUAUCAUUGUGAGCUCUCUUGAAGCCAGAAAUGCCUUUUCUUGUUUUUUGCAGGAACCUUUCAAGUCUGUACCUCUUGUAUGGAUCAUUCAAGACAGUGCUCUUGGUUACCGCUCAAGACAAUAUACCGCUAGUGGGAAGAUUGAACUUUUGAAUGAUUGGAGAAGAGUUUUCAAUCGUUCCUCUGUUGUUGUCUUUCCAAACUAUGCCUUGCCGAUGAUAUACUCCUCAUUUGAUGCUGGAAAUUUUUAUGUCAUUCCUGGUUCCCCUGCUGAAGCAUUAGAAGCAGAUGCAUUUAUGGCAUUGCAGAAAGAUAAUUUGCGCAUCAGUAUGGGCUACGGUCCAGAAGAUGUCAUUAUCGCAAUUGUGGGCAGUCAAUUUUUGUACAAGGGCAUGUGGUUGGGGCACGCUGUUGUUUUGCAGGCUUUGUCACCACUUUUGGCAGAUUUUCCUUUAACCAAAGAUAAUUCCAGUGCGCAACUACGAAUCAUCGUUCAUAGUGGCGAGUUAACAAAUAACUACAGUGUGGCUCUGGAGACGAUGGCACAGAGCUUGAAAUAUCCAAAAGGGACCGUAGAGCAUAUAGCUGGAGAUCUGAAUGCAGAUUCUGUUCUCGGCACGGCAGAUGUUGUGAUAUAUGGGUCCUUGCUUGAAGAGCAGUCUUUUCCAGAGAUUUUGAUUAAAGCCAUGUGCUUCGAGAAACCAAUUAUUGCUCCUGAUAUUUCUAUGAUCAGAAAAUAUGUUGAUGACAGGGUGAAUGGAUAUCUUUUCCCUAAGGAUAACAUUAGGGUUCUUAGACAAAUCAUGUUAGAGGUGAUCUCAAAAGGGAAAAUAUCACCCUUGGCUCGGAACAUUGCCUCAAUGGGGAGAAGAACUGCUAAGAACCUUAUGGUAUCCGAAGCAAUUGAUGGAUAUGCAUCUUUACUUCAGAACAUUCUCAGGCUUCCAUCAGAGGUUGCUCCUCCUAAGGCAGUUUCAGAAAUAUCCCCUAAUGUUAAAGAAAAGUGGCAGUGGCAUUUAUUUGAAGCAGUUCCAAAUUCGACGUAUCAAAAUAGGGCAUUGAGAAGCAACACGUUUUUAGAUAAAUACGAAGACCGUUGGAAUCAUUCUCGAAAAGAUAAAUCGUCUACGACUAUUGCUGAUAAUGAUUCAUUUGUAUAUACCAUAUGGGAAGAAGAAAAAUAUAUUCAGAAGGCUAUCACCAAAAAAAGAAUAGAGGACGAAGAGUUAAAAGAUAGAACAGAGCAGUCACACGGAACAUGGGAAGAAGUAUAUCGAAACGCAAAGAAAGCUGAUAGGUUAAAGAAUGAUUUACACGAAAGAGACGAUGGAGAGCUUGAGCGGACUGGACAACCACUAAGCAUUUAUGAACCGUACUUUGGGGAAGGAGCCUGGGCUUUUCUACAUCACAGAUCUCUUUAUCGCGGAGUUUCCCUGUCCAGCAAAGGUCGAAGGCCAGGGAGAGAUGAUUUUGAUGCACCUUCUCGUCUUCCAUUGCUUAACAAUGCUUAUUAUCGAGAUGUACUUGGUGAAUUUGGAGCCUUCUUUGCCAUUGCAAACAGGAUUGAUCGUUUACACAAAAAUGCUUGGAUUGGAUUUCAGUCUUGGAGAGCAACAGCAAGGAAGGCUUCUUUAUCCAGAGCUGCUGAAAAUGCAUUACUAGACGCUGUCCAAUCCAAAAAGAACGGGGAUACACUAUAUUUCUGGGUGCGGAUGGAUACGGAUCCACGAAACCCUUCACAGAAGGACUUUUGGUCAUUUUGCGAUUCCAUUAAUGCAGGAGGUUGCAAACCCGCUUUCUCAGAAGCGAUGAGGAGAAUGUAUGGGGUACAGGCUGAUGCCAAUUCUUUGCCUCCCAUGCCCGUAGAUGGUGACACUUGGUCUGUCAUGCUGAGUUGGGCUCUACCCACAAGAUCAUUUUUAGAGUUUGUGAUGUUCUCCAGAAUGUUUGUAGAUGCAUUGGAUGCACAGAUGUACGAUGAACAUCAUUCUACCGGACACUGUCCUUUGAGUUUGUCAAAGGACAAGCACUGCUAUUCAAGGGUUCUUGAGCUGCUUGUAAACGUGUGGGCCUACCACAGUGCAAGGAGGAUGGUAUUUGUGAACCCGGAAACCGGUGCAAUGCAGGAACAACACAAGUUCAAGAACCGUAGAGGUAAAAUGUGGAUCAAAUGGUUCUCAUACAGCACACUCAAGAACAUGGAUGAGGACUUAGCAGAGUUAUCAGAUUCUGAGGAUCCCAAUAAACACUGGUUGUGGCCAUCAACCGGUGAAGUUUUUUGGCAAGGUUUAUAUGAGAGGGAGAGAAGUUUAAGGCACAAGGAGAAAGAAAAGAGGAAGCAAAAGAGUUUAGAAAAAUUAAAUAGAAUGAGGAAGCGACAUCGACAACAAGUAAUCGGGAAAUAUGUUAAACCUCCACCAGAUUUGGAAGAAACCUCUAAUUCAACUUUGCUAGCAGUAUAAGCUUCUUGUGGAUUAUUCAAAGCCGAAGUUCUGGAUAUAAAUUCUUUUUUUCUUUUGUAAUUCUUAUUUUUUAACAUAAUUGUGAUUCUCAUUCAGUAAGGAUGCUGAUAAAUAGCUAAUGUGUAAAGUAUCUUGAUAAUAGUAAUUUUUUUUUUUUGUAGAACUUUUUCCCCUGUAAUUUUAUUCUUUUGGGAUGGUUAGGUUCUUUCUUCUAGGAAAUGGUGUGGGGGGUUGUAAUCUUUAUAGCAUUUGACAAACUGAAUGAAGUUAUGUUGUGCAAUGUAUUCCAUAUUUGGAUUA